GAGAUGGGAAGAAAAUGGACAUACUGGUUCAAGCUGACGGGAAGGCGAGGGUAACUCAAAUAACCAAGCUUUGCAACAGCGACGUGAGGAGCACGUCGAAGCCUGAAGUGGAUGGUCUACACCACGAACAUAUAUUCAGUGGCCUGUUAAAGUGGCCUUGAGUGAAUAACAAGUCAUUGGGGAGUAGCGUCAGGAUUGUUUGCUUUUUAAUGGAAUGGGAAGUGUGUUGACAUUGACCGAAUCUUCUUAUUUCGACAGGGCCAAUCUAAAAAGACUAGAUCUGUUUUUUCUUUGGGAGAGGGGUGGUUGAAAAAGAAUUGUUAUGAAAGUUAUUGUGACCCGCCUCCAGCGGUCAGACGAAGAAAACGAAAGCAAGAAGAAGGAAGUGCCGUUGUGUGCUCGCCCCAAUGGCGUCGGUGAACCCUUUCUUAAAUCUAACCAAAGAUCUUUCGUGUUCUAUUUGCCUCGAGUUUUACGAAGAUCCCGUGUUUCUGGAAUGUGGCCACAACUUCUGCGAAGCCUGUAUCUCAUCCUUUUGGGAAAACGGGGAAUGUUCGUGUCCAGAAUGCCGACGGUUCCUUCCACAGAAAGUGCUCAAACCUAACAGACAGCUAGCAAGUAUCGUUGAGAACGUCCGGACCCUCGUAGCCGGUUCCGAGGACAGGGAUUGGGGAGGAACACUGCGUAGGUUUCGUGGCACGGGACAGAACCAGCUUGCCGGUGCCCAACGCCUCCCUCCCAGCGCUGCAGAUCUCAAGAGAAAGGUAGAUGAGCUCAUGUCCCAGUUUGAAGGGGAGUUCGCUGAACUGCACCGGAUUCUUGACAGGGAAGAACAGGAAAUGAAACAAAGACUCAGCCAGAAAGGAAAGGAGUUGCAGCGCAGGCUGGUGAACAGCAGCAGGCAAAACAAUGAUAAUGAUCCUUCUCUCCUGCAAAUGAUCUGGAGUUUACUGAAGGAGAUCACAACACCACCAGCUGCUGGUGAAACCAGGAAAGAAAACAAAGUUUUUAAUGACAUAUUGAUUGGUGAGUUUGGGGGACCUCUACAGCACAUGGUGUGGAGACAGAUGAGAAAAUUGAUAAAACCAGCAUUCGCUCGAUUGGCCCUAGCUCCGAAUUCAGCUCACCCAAGGCUCAUUUUAUGUCCAAGUAUGACCACGGCAUUAGUUGGAUACCUGCCACAGCAGUUACCGGAGAAUCCAAAACGAUUUCGGAAACUUAUCUGUGUGUUGGGAUCAAAACAAUUUACAUCAGGGAAACACUACUGGGAGGUCACAGUUGACCAGGGGGCGAAGUGGAUGGUUGGAGUUGUGAAGGAGUCUGUAAGCAGAUACGAACUUGAAGAAAUGACUGUACAGAACGGUUACUGGGUAAUAAGUCCUUAUGUAACCAAUUGGAUCCAAUCACUCUGCGAUUUCUUUGCACAGACAUACAGAAAUCCAAAACACACCGAGCAUCUUAAGCUCCAAAUUAAUCCAACAAAGGUUGGUGUUUAUCUGGACUACGAGGGAGGGCAGGUGUCAUUUUACAAUGCUGGUAACAUGUCUCACCUCUACACACAUAGUGGGCCAAUGUCUGGUGCAGUCUUACCUUUCUUUGGACCUGGAAAUUCAGCAAAUGAUCGAAUCAGGCUGGUUCAGCCCUGGUGGUAAAUUUGAUGUAUCUUGUCAGUUACAUGAAAAUGUUGUAAGAAUGAAUUAUUAAAUAAGCAGUUAGAUCAAGACCUGUUUACAAUUUAAGUUUGCUGUAAUAACUAGAAAGAAGGCAAACUUUGAUGUAAUAACUUAUUUCCCUGCAGCUUAACCUAUUCUAAAGGAUAUGGUGGAAGUUUGCCGUAGUCAUCAGCUCCCUUCCCCCUUCUACCACUCACACAUAUACAACGGGUAACUUAGUGAUGAUUAACAUACCUGCACAUCUUUGUGUGGAAAAAGGGUGUACUCAGAAAAUUCACACUUAUUCCUCAAUCAUACUUUAUUUACCUGUGUGCAAAGAAAACAGCAUGGCCCCUGUCACCACACUGUUCUGAAGUUUGACAUGUUUAGAAAGAGUUGACUAGCAGUUAAGGAUAUAGACCAUUUGAUAAACUGUGCAUAUUCAAUGUCAGGUGUUUAAAAUCACCAGAAACUACAAGCUAACAAUCAAUGAUAUUUUGUAGUAAAGUAAUUAUUCCCUAGUUGGUGUGUCCUUUGAAUCCUUCUGUUACAUACUUGUCUCAGUAUCCCAAAUGGCUCCACUACCUUGCUGUGCAUAAGGAAAACAUGUUUCAAAGGUCUCUCUUCAAAUGCUUCCCUUGCCUGGGUUGUCCUCACACUAUGGGUAACCUACUCUUGCCCGGACAUUACUUUAACCCUUAAUUUGCUGCAACUACCACAUGGGAUAUAUUGGGGAAAUGCAUGUUCGCAGACAGAACAUGCAGGCUGCACACAGACAUCACAGUUCAUGACACUUCAUAGGUGAUUAGUCCCCUAGAGACGUUGUAUUUCUUCAAGUACCCCAGUAAAUCUAUAGGCAAGAUGGCACCAGCAAUAUUUUGAAAACAGCUCACAAAAUUACUGGAUGCUCUGGUAAUUAUACUUCUUCUGAACUGCGAUCGUUGCAGUCUGCAGCCUGUAAUUUCCCCUUCAAAGGUGUACUUUCAAACUGACAAAAUGAUCUGGCACAUUUGCAAUCUCCUGGGAGAUUCAGCAAACUAGACUCCCAAGAGUGCAGGUAGAACCAGGGCGACUAUCACCAGGGUCAGACACUGCAGCGAGGUCUGACAGUAGGAGACAAACCUGUGAUCAGCUCCAUUACAUCAUGACAAUAACAAACAAGAAGAGCCAAAAAGGAAUAGGUGCUUGGUGAUGUCUGCCUGUGUUUGACCAGUCUCCCUUUUAAAGAGAAUCGCUAUUGCCAUCAGACAGGAGGUGCAGAAGUCUUGGGUCCCAUGCCACCAGGUUCAGAAGUUGAUGCAAUGGAGCCUUCGGGCUCCUGAGCCUCAGCACUGAACGGGGUCCACGGUUGUUGGGAACUCCGCAGUUCAUGUAGCAUGUGUUUUUAUUGUCUGUCAUUUACUAUUUGCGUGAUUUGUUCUCUUUUUGCAAAUUGGAUAUGUGGUCGUUGUGUUUUAUUUAGUGAAUUCAGUUGCAUUUCUUUGUUUUGUGACUACUGUACCUGCAAGAAGAUGAAUCUCAAUGCUGUAUAUAAUAAAUUUCGAUAAUAAAUUUGAACUUUGGUGAAGU